AGUUGAUCUCGGUUGUUCGAACCAGCUUCACGCGAGAGUUCUCCCUAACGGAUUAAAACUGCCUUGAAAAGCGAUUUGUGUACCGCGAUUAGUGAAAGAAGCAACCCGGGAAGGAGAAAUUACUGCUCGAUCUGGAUCUACGAUGUCCAACAACAUAGAAUAUACAUUAAUUUUCUAUGUUAACGGAAAGGAGGUGAUAGAUAACAAUGUCGACCCGGAAUGGACAUUGUUAUGGUACUUGAGGGACAAAUUGCAUUUAACUGGUACGAAAUUAGGAUGCGCGGAGGGCGGUUGUGGAGCUUGCACAGUAAUGAUUUCAAAGUUGGACCACAGGACCGGGAUUAUUACUCAUUUAGCGGCGAACGCAUGUUUAACACCAAUUUGUGCUGUGCACGGUUUGGCGAUAACCACGGUGGAGGGCAUCGGGAGUGUUAGAACGAAACUUCACCCAGUGCAGGAACGUAUAGCGAAAGCACACGGCUCGCAAUGUGGUUUCUGUACACCUGGCAUCGUAAUGUCGAUGUACGCUUUGCUGAGAAGCACACCGAAACCUACCAUGAAGGAUCUUGAGAUUGCGUUUCAAGGGAACUUAUGCAGAUGCACCGGGUACCGGCCUAUUAUAGAAGCGUACAGAACUUUCACGGAGGAAUGGGAACAAUUGCAAUUAAUGUCAAAUCAACGAGAAAGGUGCUUGACGAAUGGGACUUGUUCAAUGGGAGAAAAUUGUUGCAGAAAGAUGCCAAUAGCGGAACCGACCGAAGUGUUCGAUCCGAAAGAAUUCCGUCCGUACGAUCCUUCCCAAGAAAUUAUAUUUCCACCCAAGUUGCAGAUUUCCUCGCACUUGGACGAGCAAUAUUUAAUCAUUAAAGGAAAAAAUGUUACUUGGUACAGACCCAGGACACUCUCCGAAUUGCUUACUUUAAAAGAACAGCACCCAAAUGCAAAAAUUGUCGUGGGAAACACUGAGAUGGGAGUUGAAGUGAAGUUCAAGCACAUGUCUUAUCCGGUUCUUAUACAUCCUAUUUUGAUCAAAGAAAUGCGAUCUAUCGAGGAGUGUCCAAGAAUGUUAAACGUGGGCGCCAGUGUUACACUCGUGGAAUUGGAAAAAGCUCUAAAAAAGCAAAUUAAUGAGAAACCUGAACACGAAACGAGAAUUUUCAGUGAAAUAGUCAACAUGCUUCAUUGGUUUGCUGGUAAACAAGUCAGGAAUGUAGCUGCUGUUGGUGGGAACAUAAUGACGGGAAGUCCAAUAUCGGAUCUGAAUCCAAUUUUUAUGGCUGGCGGAAUAAAUUUAAAUCUCGUUAGCUCGAAGAAUGGAAACAGACUUGUCCCGAUGGACCACGCUUUCUUUAAAGGUUACAGACAGAAUAUUGUCUCACCGCACGAGAUUUUGCUUUCCCUUCAAAUACCCUUCUCUCGACAGAAUCAACAUUUCAUUGCUUACAAGCAGGCGAGAAGGCGAGACGAUGAUAUCACGAUCGUCAAUAUGGCAUUAAAUGUAUUCUUUGUACCAGAGACCAAUAUUGUUCAAAAAGCGUACUUGGCGUUCGGCGGAAUGGCUCCAACGACGGUUUUGGCCAGGAAGACGUGCGAAACUAUUAUUGGAAGGAAAUGGAACAAAACGCUUCUAGAAAACGUGCAUUCCUCGCUACUGGAUGAGCUACCGCUUCCGGACAACGUUCCGGGUGGGAUGGUUAAAUAUCGUAAAUCUCUAACUUUAAGUUUGUUUUUUAAAGCAUUCAUGCACAUAGCUGGAAAGCUUCAAGUACCGUUAGAUUCUCCACUGUCGCUGAAAGAAUUUGAAAGCGCAUCGGAUGCAUUCCAUUGCAAAGAACCGAAAAGUUCGCAAUAUUAUCAGGAGGUUCCAAUAGGUCAGGAAACGGAUGACUUAAUUGGGAGGCCCAUCGUCCACGCCAGUGCUUUCAAACAGGCGACAGGGGAAGCGAUUUAUUGCGACGAUCUGCCAAAGUUCACCGAUGAGCUUUACUUAGCUUUAGUUUUGUCUACCAAGGCACACGCGAGAAUUUUAAACAUCGAUGCAACCAAAGCGCUGUCCGUGGAAGGUGUAGUCGCUUUUUACAGCGGGAAAGAUGUACCUGAGAAACAACGUUACCACGGUCCAGUAUUUCACGACGAAGAAUUCUUCGUGUCAGAGGAGGUAACUAGUCAUGGCCAACCAAUUGGAGCAAUCGUUGCAAUUAAUCAGCUUAUUGCACAAAAAGCAGCCAGAAUGGUUCAAGUCGAGUACGAGGAUUUGAAACCAGUGAUCAUUUCUAUAGAGGAUGCCAUUGAACAUCGUUCCUUCUUCAACGAGACUGUAAAACGCAUAAAAAAGGGGGACGCCGAGGAAGCUUUUUCCCAAUCGACUCAUAUCCUUCAAGGAGAGAUUCGAACAGGGGGGCAGGAGCACUUUUACUUGGAAACGAAUGCUGUAUUAGCAAUUCCACGCGAGGACGAAUUAGAAAUAUUCUCUUCUACGCAACACCCCAUGGAAGUACAGAAACACGUAGCACACGCUCUGAACAUUCAUGCUAAUAAAAUUGUGAUAAGAGUAAAAAGAUUGGGCGGUGGUUUUGGAGGGAAAGAGUCGCGUUCUUCGGUACUCGUUCUGCCAGUUGCCUUCGCCGCCUACAGAUUAAGGAAACCAGUACGUUGUAUGUUAGACAGAGACGAGGAUAUGAUGAUAACUGGAGCUAGACACCCGUUUCUGUUCAAAUACAAAGUUGGAUUCGAUGAUAAUGGUUUAAUUAAAGUUUUGGAAAUUUUCAUUUACAAUAACGCCGGCUACUCGCGCGAUCUUUCUCUCGCAGUUCUGGAACGUGCAAUGUUCCAUAUUGAGAACUCUUAUAAAAUACCAGUGUGCGAUAUUAAUGGUUUUGUAUGCAAAACGAAUUUACCAUCGAGUACAGCAUUCCGCGGUUUUGGAGGACCGCAGGGAAUGUUUGCGGCUGAAACUAUCGUGAGACACAUUGCGGAAUAUUUGAAAAUGGACUCUGUUAAGGUUGCCGAGUUGAAUUUGUAUAAAGAAGGAGACACGACUCAUUAUAAUCAAAAACUUACUAAUUGUACAUUACGUCGUUGCUGGGAAGAGUGUCUCUUAGGCUCAGAUUACGCUGAACGACUUGCGAAAAUUCAGAAGUACAACAGAAAAAAUAGGUACAAGAAGAGAGGACUGGCAGUAGUUCCAACAAAAUUCGGUAUCGCUUUUACUGUACUUUUUUUGAAUCAGACUGGAGCACUAGUUCACAUUUAUACAGAUGGUUCUGUUCUUCUUAGUCAUGGUGGUGUUGAGAUGGGGCAAGGUUUACACACCAAAAUGAUACAAGUAGCAAGUAGAGCAUUAAAAAUAAAGGCAGACAAAAUACACAUUAUGGAAAGUGCUACGGACAAAGUGCCAAAUAGUUCUCCCACAGCAGCUAGUGCUGCCUCUGACCUGAAUGGUAUGGCAGUUCUGAAUGCAUGUGAGAAAAUUAUGAAACGACUGAAGCCGGUAAUGGAUAAGAAUCCAACUGGAACCUGGGAACAAUGGGUAGCAUCUGCUUAUACAGAAAGAAUCAGUCUUUCUGCUACUGGUUUCUAUAAAACUCCUGACAUAGGAUACUCAUUUGAAACUAAUUCUGGAGAUCCGUUUAAUUAUUUUACAUAUGGCGUUGCAUGUUCGGAAGUAGAAAUUGACUGUUUGACCGGUGAUCAUCAAGUUCUACGAACUGACAUUGUAAUGGAUUUGGGUCAGAGUCUUAACCCUGCAAUUGAUAUAGGACAAGUAGAGGGAGGUUUCAUGCAGGGAUAUGGACUGUUCACAUUAGAAGAACUGGUAUAUCUAAAAAAUGGGGCACUUUGUAGCAGAGGACCAGGAGCAUACAAAUUGCCAGGUUUUGCAGACAUUCCUGAAGUAUUCAAUGUAACAUUAUUGAAAGGUGCUUCAAACCCUAGAGCUGUUUAUUCAUCCAAGGCUGUUGGAGAACCACCUCUGUUUCUUGCAUCUUCCAUUUUCUUUGCCAUAAGAGAAGCCAUAAAAUCUGCUCGACAAGAAUUUGGUCUCAAUGGUUACUUCAGAUUGGAUGCACCAGCAACAACAGCUCGUAUUCGAUUAGCAUGCGUCGAUGAUCUAACAGUAAAGAUCAAAGAUGCCGAUUUACAAGAUCAAUGGAACAUUGUUCCAUAGAAUCAGAGACUCAAGAUAAGUACAAG